GGUUUACUUUAAUUUUCAAUCUAGUGGUCGACUGCUGAAGGCUGUGGAUAACAACACAGUGGACGAAAUCUAACAUACCUUAGAAUGCUUUAAUAAGUAGCUGAAUGGACUAAAAAUGGCAAACAUUGCCUUGUACCAAAGUAAUGGGAGUCAAUCACACCUCGUUUGACCUUGACUUUUUUUCAUGAUCAUGCCUGGCGAAUUAUACUGAAACAUCAAAACACAACAAUUAAAAAGACAUUUAUUGGCGAUCAUAUGUCACGCCGCGUCAAGGUUCCAAAAACCGCAUUUCCAUAUCAGCAGAGUUGUCUUUCUCCCCGGCUGUCCAACAGAGACAGGUGCCUCAGGUAUAUGUUUGAGCAUAGUUGGUAGUUAAUUAGUUCGAGUUUAGUGUUUACUUGCGAGUUUAUGUCCAGAAUCAGAUAACGUGGAACAGGUCAAAUCCUCAAGUUGAAUUACAUUCCCUGGCAAAAUUUCCAAGUCAGAGCAUUCAAGAAUCUUCUGAAAAUUAAGAAACGUGACCAGUAAGUCGGCUAGGUCAAAUCAGCAUGCGUCUUCCAAGAAAAACGAUCCUUCUUGUUUAAAUAUUACUGUUCACUUCGAGGAAUUAUCCUGCCAGCGGGUCCUAUGCUUCUAAAUCUCCAUAGCAAAGCAGUUUUUGAGCACGAAAUAAGAAGAUUUUUAAAGUUUGACCAAAUGCUAGAAAAAAGCAGUUAAGAUUUUCCACUAUCUCAUGGCGUGAGUCAUUUAUAAAUUUGGAGUGCACCUGCCAGUUUUAGAGAGCUUCUGUUUUAUCGCGAGAAAAUGCCACUUUUCAUAACUGCUUCCUCGCAAAAAUGGAUUAGGGCAUAAUAAAUGUGCGUUGUUAUUGCAUUUCCGUCGGGGUUUCCGUCGUGGUUUUUCGGUGGUCCAGGCUGUUGCAUUUCUACUUCCGGUGAGUGUAGAAUAACAUUGACAUCACGUGGGAGGCCAUUCACAAGUGUUGCCAAUAUGCAGACACACAGCGAAGCUUCACACACAGACAUCGCCGAGUAUUUGACCUUCGCAAGCUGCGAUUUUAUGGUAAAAUUCUAGAAUGAGAAACGUGGAUCUUCUGCUGUUUAAAAGUUAACAGGACACGGUAUUCGGCCGUUGGAGGCUCGGACAUGAUGCCCGCUCAGGAUCUACCGCGUUCGCAGACUCCAAAUCAGAAAGUGUUCUGGAAAGAAGAGCGCGAACAAGAAGCCAUUUAUUCGGUGUCCUUGAAGAAAGUUCGAUAUCACUCAAGUGACAAGGUGUUACCUUCCCCUGAUGAAGACAUUUCUCACCUUCUGUGGGAAACCAUCCGUAUAAGAACAAUUAAAGCCGGUUCCCUAGCAAAACUUGUGGAGCACCUCGCACCUUCAGCUGCUUCGUUAGAGGAGCUUGAUCCUGGAUAUCUUAUAGCUUUCUUGAGUACCUACAGAACUUUUGCCCAGGCGACAGAAAUUGCAGAUCUUUUGUUCGAGCGGUACCGACUUUUCUUGCGGAAUGAGGCUCACGAAAAAGAGGAGGUUGUUGACAGGGUACUCAGGGGUGUUGCUUCAGUGUUUAAUGUAUGGUUGGAGAAUUUUUCAUUUGAUUUUGAUGAUUCUCCGAAGUACACAACUCUGAAUAGCAUACUCAACUUUGUAACAUUGGAAAUGAGAAGCAGUCAUGGGGAAGACCUUGCUAAGAAAAUCAAACUUCGGCUUGAUAAGUUCCAGAUCACUCCAUAUGAAGAUGAGGAUUUUGACAUUGUUACCUGUCAGCUACCUGUGUCACCUAAAUUAAAUCAUGGUGUCAACAAUGAUAUGUGCGCCAUCCCAGAAGAGUCUGGAAUGGAUCUGCUCUCUAUUCCAGCCAGGGAAUGUGCUGCUCAGUUAACAGUGAUGGAUGCUAAGCUGUUCAAGAGAGUUAUAGCUUGGCAUUGUCUGGGGUGCGUAUGGGGCAAGAACAAAAAGGAAGGUAAAGCUGAAACAGUUAAGGCCACAGUGGACCAGUUCAAUGCUGUAUCUCUCCGUGUCAUCUCUUCCAUACUAACAUGCACAGAAAGCAAGAGUAGCGGGCCUAACAUGAGGGGGAGAUAUAUUGCACGAUGGAUAAAUGUCGCACAGGAAUGCAGAGAUCUUAAGAACUUCUCGUCACUGAAAGCUAUUUUAUCAGGCUUGCAAUCAGCUCCAAUACACAGGCUCAAGAAAUCCUGGUCUCACGUUGCUAAAGACCUUCUUGCAUUGUACCAAGAGCUGUCAAGCAUUUUCUCGGAAGACAGCAAUCAGCAGAGCAGUAGAGAACUUCUUAUGAAGGAAGGAACUGCAAAGUGGGCACAAUUGGAUUCCUCACCAACAAAGAAAUUGACAAAUCUGAAGAAACGCAAGUCUAGACUUGUGGACCUGGGAGUUAUCCAAGGGACAGUUCCAUAUUUGGGUACAUUUCUAACAGACUUAAUGAUGUUAGAUACAGCACUUCCUGACUUUACAGAGGAUGGCUUGAUCAACUUUGAAAAGAGAAGAAAAGAGUUUGAAAUAAUUGCUCAAAUAAAACUGUUACAAGAAGCUGCCAAAAACUACAUAAUUGUCCCUGAUGAAGCAUUUCGACGGUGGUUCAAUAACAUAGAGAUCUUUUCAGAAUCAGAGAGCUAUCACAAGUCGUGUAAGGUUGAAAGAAUAGAACUCAAAUACACGAAAAAGAGGGGUGCAACCAUAAGGCGGAUGCUGAGUGAACCAGACAUCAGCAAAUUGAAUUUACUGACACAGUUUGCAUCACAAAGUCUUUCUCCUCCUGUCGCUGAUAAACCCUGCAAGUCUAACGAGAAUUCGCCAGUCAUGCCUCGCCGACACGAAAGAAAUAACUCUGGCUCGUCGUCAUCGUCCACAUCUUCCGGUGUAUCGUCAGGAUCGGACACAUCAGUGACAAAAAACAUCUCAUUUUCCCUCCCCCGGACACGUAUCUUACCCCCCACACCUCCUGAUAUAAAGAAAACUGGUAUAUCACGACGAUCUCUACCGCUACGGCUUCCUCAACCGCCCAGUCCCUCUGGUAAAUCGGCGCAUGCUGGCUGCAUUAUUCGAGUGAGCAUCGAGGGACUGGAAGAUACAAAGUCUGGUGGAGUUAUCUACAGGGGCAUCUGGCUGUCAGAUGACGAGCGAACUCCCGCUGUCAUUCGGACUUGUUUGGAGAAACGUGAAAUGAAAGGCGAUCCCAGUGAAUACGCUCUUGUACAAGUUCUCAGUAGUGGAGCCGAGCUUGUCAUUCCAGACAAUGCGAACGUCUAUUACGCCUUGAACUCAAACGUGGAAUCUCUGUUAUUUAAACUCAAGAAAAAGGAGAGCAAAAGUUCCAGCUGAGGUUUGUCUUAUUCUGGAGAUGAGGCGAAAGAACGAGAGACGUUGUCAAUGAAGAACCAGGAUUUCAGAUCCACAUGCAAAUCUACUGAAUUCACUGGAAAACCACCCCUGAAGUUCACUGAUGUCUGAAGGGGGACCUUGCUUAGCAAAGCCGCCCAAGAAUCAAGAAACAGCUGUAUCAGGGAAUUCUGUUAGUGUAGAACAAUUUUUAAGCCUAGUGGUUUAAACGUUGCAUUUCACAUUUGCCGAAUCUAAUUCAGGAAUUAAAUCCUAGUGAAAUCCGACAUGUCACUGCACUCAAAUGUAACUCUUCUCACAUCUUCGACUUGGUCAGUCGAAUUUUCGACAGAAGUUUGCUAUUUUUUAUUCGACUUUUUUAAAUUCUCAUUCGCACAUAUGAAAAGCGACGUUUGAACUCAUGCUUACGUGCAGACCAAUCUGCAGUUUGCUUUGUACAUGUUUAUGUUCUAAAUUUGUCUGAGGCCCCGUCCAUACUACGCUGGAGAAAUUUGAAAACGAAGCUUUAUUUCUAUGGUCAGGCGCUCCGUCCACACUAAACCGGAGGAAUUUGAAAAUGCCGGCUUUGAGUUUUAGUGUGGACUAAAACAUUUCGAAAAUGUCACGAUAAUUAUAUGUUUAAACCUGACCCUGAAGGGUGGACUGAAGCGUUUCUGCCCCAAGUGAAUGUCGCGUUUUCAGAUUUCUUCGGCGUAGUGUGGCCGGGUUCUGAUAGGUUGAGCACCAUGUGCUGAUCUCAAAAUGACUAUAGUUUGAUUGGUCGGUCAGGUGACAUGCAACACGCGUGCGUGACGUAUUGGUCACGUGGAAAGGAUAUGCUUACGCGUGCGUAGUGAGCCAAUUGUAAAUAGCAAAAUGUUCUGUAAAUAUCAAAUGAUCCUAUAUCAACCCCUGGGGGUUUGUUGUCGACAAAACUGAAUGACAUAAAAAAAGGCAAGAAUUCUGGAGAUUCCUCGAACGGAGGAAGAUAAUAAUUUUUUUAAAUUGCAUUUUAUGACAAGAGAAACAAAUGAUCAAAAUUUUAGCUCAGGUAUAACUCAAAAUAUGUUUUCAAUAUUUUUAUAUUUUUCUUCAGUUGUAAAUUUGUUUCUAGAUAAAAUGCGAGCUCGGAUGAGGAAGGUUUUCAGAUUUUUAUAUAUGAGCAUAUAUGGAUAUAAGCUUUUAGCCGCAAGCCUGGUUAGCUUCUUUUUUUAACAUAAAAUGGAGAGGGAAAGAAAUUAUAAUGACCCGAAACAAAGAGAGUAUUAGAAACACGAAAGUAGAAGCAAGCUGGAGCGGAUCUUGGGGGGCUCGGGGGAUUCGGGGGAACCCCCUCAAUUUUUAAAAAAUGAGACAUUAUCAUACGCUGACUUAGCCUCGGAAUGCCGCAAAUCCCAUUUCCGAGGACCUCAAUAUUAAAAACUUCCGGGGAAGAAUGCCCCCGGAC